AUGCAGUGUUGGCCUCAUGACUACUAUCCCUUCCUUCCUUACCUUCCAUCUGUAUGUAUUAAGACUAGUGUGACAAGAACUUGGCAAAAUAUCAAAAGCAGUGAACAAAAGUCCAAUGGUCAGGGGCAAGAAUCCACAGAAGCUAUUGAGCUUGAAAAAUUUAGCGUGACCUGCAAGAAUGAGAGAAGUUUUAGCAAACAUCCCAAGCAUCAGCUGUUUCAUGAUAUGUUUACAACUUUAGUUAAGGACAGACUUACCUGCAGGCAGUGGGUUAUUCAAGCUCCAUCCAUCCAUUUUCUUAGAGUAUUAAUCUGGUGGAGAUUAUUAAUAAGAGAUCCAUGCUACCAGGAAAUGCUUCUCAGCCUGGGUGGAAUUGAAAGUCUAUCUCAGAAUAAGGAAACAGUAGCAAAUCAUUAUCUUAAUUAUGGAGAAGACCAGCAUAAUGUACACAAGUUGGUCAACGUGACAUACAUUUUCCAAAAACUUGCUGCUAUUAAAAACAGAGAAUGGGUUAUAGCAAGUGGAGCAUAUAAAACCUUAGUAAAUUUGUUAUCUGCCAGAGACAGCCAUGUGCUUUUUGGUGCCCUCCUUGCUCUGACUAGUUUAGCAGAAAAAGAGAAGAGUAAUCUCUGUCAGGGACCUUGUCAACUUCUGAUUUAUCUGAACAUUGCAUUUUAUUUGUGGUUUGCAUGCAAAGGGGCACUAUUAAUGCUGACCUUUUUCUGUUUCCGGGCAAAUGCAAUAUAUACAAUAGCAAAGCUAAUUUUACCCAACAAAGAAAGGAAUGCUGAACAAACCAGUUUAUUACAGUGUUAUGCUUUCAGAGCCUUGAGAUUUCUCUUCGGUGUGGAAAGAAAUAGAUAUAUUUUUUAAAGACUUUUCCCUCCUGACUUGUUUGAAAUUUUCAUUGAUGUUGGAUAUUAUGUGCAUGAUAUCAGAGUUUAUUAAGGGUUGAUAUCAAAGCUAAAUUCAUUAAAGGAGGAUGUAUUGAAGCAAAUUUCUGAAAGUAUUGAGAACAUGACUCAGAAUAAGGAAGGAGGAAAUUACACAAUUUUAGAGCACCUUGGCAGUGGAGCUUUUGGAAGUGUAUAUAAGGUUAGAAAACAUAAUGGACAACAUCUACUGGCAAUGAAAGAAGUCAGUUUACACAAUUCAGCAUUUGGAAAGGACAAAAAAAGAGACAGCAGUGUAAAAAAUAUUGUGUCUGAAUUAACCAUAAUCCAAGAGCAGCUUUAUCAUCCAAAUGUUGUACAAUAUUAUGGAACCUUCUUGGAAAAUGACAGAUUGUACAUAGUCACGGAGCUCAUAGAGGGGGUGCCAUUGGGAGGACACUUUCACUCUUUGAAGGAGAAACAACAGUUUACUGAAGACAGAAUAUGGCAUAUAUUUAUCUAACUUUGUCUAGCUCUUCAUUAUUUGCAUAAAGAGAAAAGGAUUGUUCAUCAAGAUCUCACUCCGAAUAAUGUCAUAUUGGGGGAUAAAUACAAAAUUACAAUUACUGACUUCAGGUUUGCAAAGCAAGAGCAAGAAAACUGCAAACUUGCAUCAGUAGUGGGAACCAUCCUAUGCUCUUGUCCUGAAGCUGUAAAGGGUGAGCUGUAUGGAGAGAAGGCUGAUGUCUGGGCUGCAGGAUGCAUCCUUUAUAAGAUGGCCACUCUGAAUCCAGCAUUUUACAGCACCAAUAUGCUCUUCGUGGCAACUAAGAUAGUAGGGGCUGUGUAUGAGCCUGUGCCAGGAGGACUGUACUCUGAAAAAGUCUAAUUUACCAUUAAGAGCUGCUCGACUCCUGAUGGGGAGGCAUGUCCAGACAUAGUGGAGGUCAGCACACUGCUGUCUGACAUGAUGAAAUACAUGGAUGUUCUACCCACCUCUCAUCUCGUGUGGGAGAAGAAACUGGACCAGGAGAGGAGGCAAACCCAGCAGUACUCCAUGCAGGCUAAUCAAAGUGCAGUAACCUAUCACCAUCAGCUUUCCAUUUUGUCACAAUUGAUUCUGCAUACUAGCAGCAGUGGAGCAGCCAGUUGCAAAAGUGAAUUUUCAGAAAACCUUCCAGUUGACAGUUGUCAGUGUGCACAUGGAAAAGAUGAGGAAAGAACAUAUGAAGCAAUCCUGGUAGAGGAUGACAGGACUGUGGAGAAAGGUAUUUUCUCUCAAUUAGACAGUGAGAUAGACAUAGUGGACAAUUCAAGCAGCUCCAGUUCAAGUAAUUUGAAAGAGUCUGCUAUUGGAAUAAUUAAACAAAGUUUUAGUGCUUCUGAAAGACAACCUCAGAUAAGAGAUUAUGUUGAUGGUUCUGGAUCAAGAUGGUGAUCAGCAUUGGCAGGAAUGCUGUAGCAAAGGAAGGUGCAUCAGAUCAGUGACCCUGUUCAGCAGAUUCUUAUUCAGCUGCACAAAAUUAUCUUCAUCACUCAACUUCCUCCAGCUUUGCGAUGCAACUUGAAAAGGAGAAUCAUUGGGAGAUUCAAGAAAUCCCUUCAGUCAGCAGAGCAAUCCUUUAAACUGAAAUGAGAAAUCAGAAAUAUCCUGCAAAGUUCUCCUGAAUUGACUGAACCCAAUAUUUUCACAGCAGAUGAGGUGCAUCUUUCUUCAGGUGGAAAUAUGUUGCUUCCAGAUGAUAGAGAAGGCAUUCUUGGCACUUCUGGCAUGGCAGAAGGGAUGACAUAUGAGCAGUUGGAGACUCUAAUUGAAGAGGUUCUAGAGGAACAGGCCAGUCUAGUCACUUUAAAAACAAAAGGUUAA